UCCGUGGUCGGAACAAGGACAAGGGUUCUACUCAAACCUGUUUGUGGUUCCCAAAAAAGAGGGAACUUUCAGGCCAAUCUUAGAUUUAAAGACUCUAAACAAAUUCCUAAGAGUUCCAUCGUUCAAAAUGGAAACUAUUCGGACAAUCUUACCCAUGAUCCAAGAGGGUCAGUACAUGACCACAGUGGAUUUAAAGGAUGCUUACCUUCACAUACCGAUCCACAAAGAUCAUCACCGGUAUCUAAGGUUUGCCUUCUUAGACAGGCACUACCAGUUUGUAGCUCUUCCAUUCGGAUUGGCUACGGCUCCAAGAAUCUUCACAAAGGUUCUGGGUGCCCUUCUAGCGGUACUAAGACCGCGAGGGAUUUCGGUAGCUCCGUACCUAGACGACAUUCUAAUACAAGCUUCAAGCUUUCAAACUGCCAAGUCUCAUACAGAGUUAGUUCUGGCAUUUCUAAGGUCGCAUGGAUGGAAAGUGAACGAAAAGAAGAGUUCCCUCUUUCCUCUCACAAGAGUUCCAUUCUUGGGGACUCUUAUAGAUUCUGUAGAGAUGAAGAUUUACCUGACAGAAGACAGGUUAACAAAACUUCAAAAUGCAUGCCGCGUCCUUCAUUCCAUUCAACACCCGUCAGUAGCUCAAUGCAUGGAGGUGAUCGGCUUAAUGGUAGCGGCAAUGGACAUAGUACCUUUUGCACGCCUACACCUCAGACCGCUGCAAUUAUGCAUGCUAAGUCAGUGGAAUGGGGAUUACUCAGAUUUGUCCCCUACUCUGAAUCUGAAUCAAGAGACCAGAAAUUCUCUUCUAUGGUGGCUUUAUCGGCCACACCUGUCCAGGGGGAUGCCAUUCAGCAGGCCAGACUGGACAAUUGUAACAACAGACGCCAGCCUACUAGGUUGGGGCGCUGUCUGGAAUUCUCUGAAGGCUCAGGGACUAUGGAAUCAGGAGGAGAGUCUCCUUCCAAUAAACAUUCUGGAAUUGAGAGCAGUUCUCAAUGCCCUUCUGGCUUGGCCCCAGUUAAUAACUCGGGGGUUCAUCAGGUUUCAGUCGGACAACAUCACGACUGUAGCUUACAUCAACCAUCAGGGAGGGACAAGAAGCUCCCUAGCAAUGAUGGAAGUAUCAAAGAUAAUUCGCUGGGCAGAGUCUCACUCUUGCCACCUGUCAGCAAUCCACAUCCCGGGAGUGGAGAACUGGGAGGCGGAUUUCUUGAGUCGCCAGACUCCUCAUCCGGGGGAGUGGGAACUUCAUCCGGAGGUCUUUGCCCAAAUACUUCGACGUUGGGGCAAACCAGAGAUAGAUCUCAUGGCGUCUCGCCAGAACGCCAAACUUCCUCGCUACGGGUCCAGAUCCAGGGAUCCGGGAGCAGUUCUGAUAGAUGCUUUGACAGCACCUUGGAACUUCAGGAUGGCUUAUGUGUUUCCACCCUUCCCGCUGCUUCCUCGAUUGAUUGCCAAAAUCAAACAGGAGAGAGCAUCAGUAAUUCUAAUAGCACCUGCUUGGCCACGCAGGACUUGGUAUGCAGAUCUAGUGGACAUGUCAUCCUGUCCGCCUUGGUCUCUACCUCUAAGACAGGACCUUCUGAUACAGGGUCCAUUCAAACAUCAAAAUCUAACUUCUCUGAAGCUGACUGCUUGGAAAUUGAACGCUUGAUUUUAUCAAAACGUGGUUUUUCUGAGUCGGUUAUUGAUACCCUGAUUCAGGCUAGGAAGCCUGUUACCAGAAGGAUUUACCAUAAAAUAUGGCGGAAAUACCUAUACUGGUGCGAAUCCAAAGGUUACUCCUGGAGUAAGGUUAGGAUCGCUAGGAUAUUGUCUUUUCUACAAGAAGGUUUAGAAAAGGGUUUAUCAGCUAGUUCAUUAAAGGGACAGAUUUCAGCUCUGUCCAUCUUGUUACACAGACGUCUGUCAGAAAAUCCAGACGUCCAGUCUUUUUGUCAGGCUUUAGCUAGGAUCAAGCCUGUGUUUAAAGCUGUUGCUCCACCAUGGAGUUUAAACUUAGUUCUUAACGUUUUACAAGGUGUUCCGUUUGAACCCCUUCAUUCCAUUGAUAUAAAAAUGUUAUCUUGGAAAGUUCUGUUUUUAAUGGCUAUUUCCUCGGCUCGAAGAGUCUCUGAGUUAUCAGCCUUACAUUGUGAUUCCCCUUAUCUGAUUUUUCACUCAGACAAGGUAGUUCUGCGUACUAAACCUGGGUUCUUACCUAAGGUAGUCACUAACAGGAACAUCAAUCAAGAGAUUGUUGUCCCAUCCUUGUGUCCAAAUCCUUCUUCAAAGAAGGAACGUCUUUUACACAAUCUGGAUGUAGUUCGUGCCCUCAAGUUCUACUUGCAGGCAACUAAAGAUUUUCGCCAAACUUCUUCCUUGUUUGUCGUUUACUCUGGACAGAGGAGAGGUCAAAAAGCUUCUGCUACCUCUCUCUCUUUUUGGCUUCGUAGCAUAAUACGUUUAGCCUAUGAGACUGCUGGACAGCAGCCUCCUGAAAGAAUUACAGCUCACUCCACUAGAGCUGUGGCUUCCACUUGGGCCUUUAAGAAUGAGGCCUCUGUUGAACAGAUUUGCAAGGCUGCAACUUGGUCUUCGCUUCAUACUUUUUCCAAAUUUUACAAAUUUGACACUUUUGCUUCUUCGGAGGCUAUUUUUGGGAGAAAGGUUCUUCAGGCAGUGGUUCCUUCUGUAUAAUGAGCCUGCCUAUCCCUCCCGUCAUCCGUGUACUUUUGCUUUGGUAUUGGUAUCCCAGAAGUAAUGAUGACCCGUGGACUGAUCACACAUAACAGAAGAAAACAUAAUUUAUGCUUACCUGAUAAAUUCCUUUCUUCUGUUGUGUGAUCAGUCCACGGCCCGCCCUGUUUUAAGGCAGGUAAAUAUCUUUUAAAUUAUACUCCAGUCACCACUUCACCCUUGGUUACUCCUUUCUCGUUGAUUCUUGGUCGAAUGACUGGGACUGACGUAGAGGGGAGGAGCUAUAUGCAGCUCUGCUGGGUGAAUCCUCUUGCAUUUCCUGUUGGGGAGGAGUUAUAUCCCAGAAGUAAUGAUGACCCGUGGACUGAUCACACAACAGAAGAAAGGAAUUUAUCAGGUAAGCAUAAAUUAUGUUUUUUUUAUUUUAAA